AUGGCUGCUUCAGCCUUAUCCGAGGAGGUUCCUAUCCCGGAGCAAACGCUCAGGAGUUUGUCUAAAGAUAUAGGAGGCAUAGUACCCAAUUUUACGGAUCAGAAUCCAGACAUUGGCGUGAAGAUUUUACAUGCUGUAAUAGAUCCUCUGUUGGAGACGGCAGCUUCAUCUGACCUCGGCACGUCACAUCGCGCAGCCGUAAGUAACGUCAUUUGCUCUGUCCUUGAGAGAUGUCACGCACAGGAGUUGCAGUACGUCCAAGAUGCCAUUCUGGACGAUUCAAUCUGGUCAAGAGCUUUCACCAUCUACCUUGAGAAGUCGGACACUGCCAAAGGAAAAUCCGUAAGACAAGUGCUAGUGACACUCACGAGUAUCCUCCUUCGGAACCAAAGCCAGAGAGCGUUCGAACUUCAAGAAUGGGCAGUCGCCAAUCUCGUUGAGAUUAUCUGCCAAAGACAGGAUCGCGUAAAAGUCAAGCCAGCCUUGCAAGGUCUUGCUCAUUUCUUGCAAAAAGACAUUGUGACAAUUCCUCGGCUCGUGAGCGUUCACGCGAUGAUUCUUGGCGACACCUCAGAGCCAUCUGUAGAUGGAACGGGCAUUCAGUCUCUAUUUUCCGCGCUCCUGUCUUGGAUUGUGCAUCAUGACACAUCGCUAUCGGCCGGCCAUGUGGUCAAGAAUUUUCUCGCUCAAUUGCGCAGAACAUCGCAUCACCACCCGAUGAGUGUUGAGGAGUCUGUUACUUCUAUGUGGUUCAAGCCAGUGGUAGAUUGUUUACAUCAAUGGCCGGACCGGAUACAAGAGUUCAAGACACAUGUCUUUCCUCACUGCUUCCUUCCAAACGUCGAUGAAUUUGUUCAUUUCUUGUCUUAUUUACACUUUGGUCGCCAUGUACAAUCGAGAGAGCCUGUCCCUCUGGAGCUGGGCGCAGACACCACGGAAAGAAAUGGCUUGGAAGAAUUCGAAGAGUUUCGAAUUCUUCUCGCUUCCAUUCAGACAGGCAAAGAGCUCGGUGUUAUCAGGGAUGUUGACUAUCGAGUGCGCAAUGUCAUUGAGCUUGAGCACGAUGCUUUGAUCCUUCCCGAUGACGUCUUUGGCGGGUGGCUCUCACAUAUGGAAAAUGAAGUUCGCCUCGCUGGACUGUUCCUCUGCGUGUACUCAACCAAUGUGACACGGACCAUCACCGGCGGCAUCUUCAGAUCUCUCAAGAAGAACCUGUUGCAUCUACAUACGGAUCCUGACGUCAACUUUCGAAGGGAGCUUAUCAGCUACAUUCAGAGGUUGUUCAACCGCCUUCGAGGAAGUACAGCAACUCUCGCCAAGUUGGGUAACACCGGUACUAUGAAAAGCGAUGCUCGCCUUCCAUUUCCUAAAGAAUGCAACAACCAUCAGCGUCAAUCCACGGUCAACGACUCGUUGGUAGAGUCAUUGAAUUUCAUCACUUGGUACCUUGGCUUCCUCGAAGGGGAGAUUCGCUCAGAUGCUGCUUAUCAACGACGGAUAACGGGAUUGCGUGCGUUUAUGGUUGUACUGAAGUCUGGUAUUGAUCCACGUGUUCCCUAUCGGUUCCUCUCUAAAGGCGCUCAAGGCCAGCUGCAUUGGGCUCAUGGACUACCGCUGGCCAACAUCCACUUAGUCCGAAGAUUGCUUGACAUGAUGUUAGAUCCAUUCGAAGAUGUCAGGGACACAUCUGUGGCUAUCCUACAUAUUUGUUUUGAGUCAAUGCCGGAAGAGGAGAAGAAAGUUAUGUUAUCGAUGCUGCCGCGUUUUAUAAAGCGCGCUGAGCAUACUAUGCUUCGUACCGGACGUGCCGAUCAUGCCGAUGGUCUAGCAAGAGCCUAUGCGUUGCACUAUACCUGUGCCCCGACAUCCAUAGGAACGCCACAACCCGGCAGCCUGCCCUUAGCUACUAAGAUCGGCAUCAUCCGUCAUCUUAACGAACAAUUACAAAAGACACUGGUCGCAGCCCGGGACAAUCUCUCAGAGGCGGUCGAGGGCCGACCAGUCCAUGGAAUUUUCGCAGCCAUAAGGUACAUCGUUGACCAAGACGAUUUCUAUAGCGAGCUAGACAAACUUGAUGCUGGUAGCUUCGACGAGCUGAAGGCAAUUCACAACCAGCUACUCGACGAUUGCGAUACGACAUGGAAUGUAGUUCAAACGAUCCUUUCCGCGGACGCACCCGAAGGGCACGUUCCUGAAGACAUGGAAGACGAAGUCAGUCUUGAUACGAAGGAGAUACUCAGUUACUCUUGGCGUGGCUUGAAGGAGGCUAGCACGCUUCUGAGAGUGAUCGCAACGAGAGCUCCCAUAGGGACACAAGAUAGGGAUCUGGUAGCCUCAGCUCGCUUCGAAGAGCUCGGUCGACUAUGUUUUACACAGCUUAUAGAGCUACGUCACCGUGGAGCGUUCUCUACAGUAGCGCAGACCUUUGCAGCGUUCUGUAGACGGACGUAUCUUGUAAACGAUGCGUGUUUGCAAGCGCUACCUGACAAGUGGUAUCAGGAAACACUUUCGUCUAUUCAAGCUCAAGCGCAUGCCAUCACCCGACGCUCUGGCGGAAUUCCAGCACUCAUGGCUGGUAUCAUAGCUGCAGAGCCGCAGUCAAGCGGUAAGCUUUUCUCGCAGGCAAUGCGAGAUCUUACCAUCGAGGCGUCCAAAGAGGCGGAGAGUUCCAACAUCGAGGAGAGUCGAUUGCCUCAAGUACAUGCAUUGAACUGCAUCAAGGAGUUCUUUAUGACCUCGAAGCUUGGCGCAUCUUCUGAGGCAUACAUUGGGGAUGGUCUAGAGCUGGCCGCAAGAACCAUUAAUUCAAGCAUAUGGCCAAUCCGAAACUGCGGUCUCAUGCUAUUCAAAGCCCUUAUCGAACGACUGCUCGGUAGCGACGAGGCUCAGGAUUGGAAGGAGCGCGAGAUGACGAGGACCUCACGCUUCUCAUAUGAUAAUUAUCCCAGUCUAGUCAGCAUCAUCAAAGACCUUCUCAACCCAGAAGGACCCUUGAAAGAAUCGCUUGAUACCCCGGAAACCAACUCACCCAUGGAUCUACACGGUGCUGAGGGAGUCUUCCCAGCUCUUCAGAUCCUGAGGCAGGCAAUGCCACCCGAGGAUUAUCGAAUGGUUAUCUUACAGUCGGUCACGAAGCUUUUGUCAAGCCCGCAUUGGCAUAUGCGGGAUAUGGCCGCUCGCACAAUCACCGCGCUUUACCGACCAAGCGAGCUUUUGACGGGCGUGAAGUGGCUAUUGGACAAUCUUGAAGAGUCCAGCAACGCCAAGCAUGGAAAGUUACUCUGCAUCAAGUAUUGCGCCAUGAAGGGACUGCAGAGCAGUGAACAAGGCGAAGAGUUCCUGAGGGAAUUCAUGCUCCGCCUGAGCCUUUGCGCUCCAGCUUGGUUCGAUCAAACUAAUUGCUCAUAUGUCAAGGGAGCUUUUCUAGACCUUGUGAGCGUCUGUGGCAUGUUCAUCAUCGAACAUGGCACCAAUAAGUCCACAAUGAACGUAUGGACAGCACUCGCGGCCGCCAUUGGAGUUGGUCCCAGCCAGACUUUCAAUCUAAGUAGCAAAGGUGCGGACGCUCUGCUCCAGAAAUCUGCGGCCGAAGUAUUCUUCAUUGAUCGCGUUAUCGUUCGACCUGAGCAGAUUAGCGUCUACCUAUCGCGAGACUUCCAGAGCAUUGGAGACGCCCUCCAAUCCUUGGUUGCAGAGGACCCAGAUACGUGCCUAGCAGGGCUCGACGCACUCCACGAGAUCAUCCAACUCAAGACACUUGGAGGUCCCAUCCUUCAACUGUCCCUCAUUCUCCGCGACAUAUACCGCCUCACACUCUCCGCCACUGACCCUGAAGUACUCUCCAGAGCCCAGCUCGUCCUCGCCGAUGGCCUAAUCAACCCCGGAAUGCCUCAGGAGGUUCUCGACCUCAUCCGCGAACCCGAAUCCCUCUUCACACUUGACAAGCUCGAAGAACAAUGCCUCAACAGCGCGCCGUCAAACGGACAAAGCGCCCUGCACCUCCUCGGCUUCUUUCUAGAUUGGACAUAUGCCACAUACCCAUCCCAGCGAAAGAACCUCUGGCCCAGGUUAGCUCGCUACAUCGGCAUCCUGCGCAUGACAAUCGUCGACACCAACCCCUUCGACGCUCGCUUCGCCGCCGUAAAUUCCAUCUGCGCCCUCCACCACAUCUGGCGCAUAUCCCCUUCGUCCAAAUCCACAGGUCUGCUCCUCCUCGGCCUCUCAAUAACACUCUACGACAUGCUUAACGACGAUGACGACGAGAUCCGGGACGCCGCGGCCAUCGCCACAACGGCGCUGCUGAACACACAUUCCACUACACGAGCUACUAUGCCCUCCGUCCCUAUACUAACAUCUCACCGCCUCGCCUCCUUCCUCACAACUCAAUUCUCGACCUCCCCUGCCCUCUGCCGCGAAGCCCUGCGCCGCCUAACCGCCACCCAUUUCCGAUUUCCCUUGUUUAGAGAACCUUUCGCGCAAACACUCGCCCGGGAGAGAGAAGAAGACACCACCCUCUUUGCAACCGAGAAGCAGAACCUGUUCUUCGAUCCUACGCUGGAUGCGCUAUUUUGGUCGCGUGUGCUUGCCGCUUGCACUCCGCCUCGCAGCCUCGCGAGCAAGCUUGGGUUGUGGGUCGAGGAGGCACUAAGAUUGCUGGGGGAGUUAAGUGAGAAGGAGGGCGAUGGGGCGUUGGGGUGGACGAAUAAGACGGAGGUGUUUACGCUGGGGAUGAGAGUGCUUUGUGCGGCGGAUGUGGCAGUCGGAUGGGAGGCGGAAAAUGCUACUUCGAUUCGCGAGCUGUUGGUUCGCUUCACCCGGGUUGGGAGGGAGAAAGAUGUGAAUGGGAUUUGGGUGGGGAAGGCAGACAAGGUGGUGGAGCGAAGUAUUCUGGGUCUUGUGAGGGGCGCCGGAGCAAGGAUUGAGGCGGUCGAGAAGGGGUUGGAGAGAGCGAAGAAGGAGGGAGAUAAGAAGACGGAGGGGACUUCGGGGAAGAAGGAGAAAACGGCCAUGGAUGAGCAACGCGUUCUGGAAUUUUUGAAAGGGCUUGGGACGCGCGUGAGGGCGACUGAAGGAGGACUCAUGAAAAAAGCCGGAAUGUGA